AUGAUAGGUAAAUUUUUCUCACUGCUCUCAUCCGUUGCUAACUUUAGAUUAGAUCACGUUUUGGGAAGACCAUCGGUCAAGUUCCGCAAGAUUCAAGUCCUGGCAGUUGUUUCCUUUUGGUCUUUUUAUCUCUUCAAAGGACCUAGACAUGGUCCCCCGACCAUUCGAAAGUUUUCUCGCCGUCUGAGUAAAAUUUUGACACCAUGGCAAAUACUGGUUUUAACUUUACUUUACCUCUACACGGCACGAAAUUUUGGACGGCUCAUAGGCCUUGAGUGCCCUGAACCACUAGCAAAUUUAUAUACGCCAUCUUACUUUCGAGCAACAUGGGUAACGACAGCUAUGGAUGCUGGGUUUUGGACUGCGAUGAGAAUAAGAAGAAAAUGGCUGCGUGACUUGGCAAGUUUUGUUUUCACACUUUACUAUCUCGCUGCUGCCGAGCAGGCAGACGAGAAAGUUAGAAAGGUUAGAGGAGCGCUGACGGUCGAGCACCUACGUGUCAGUUGGAACAAAGGAACAACUCCAUAUAUCAGCUUUUUCAAUAAAUUGAUGCGUCCACGCUUCAUGAGAUAUCCACCAAGGCAACUUCGAAUUCCUCGUCCUUCAAAUAGUGAUUAUAAAGACCCUGUCGGGGCCUGGCUUUUCUUUGAUGGACCGUUGUCAGAACUGAAAAACCAUACAAAAGUGGUUAUAGACAUUCCAGGAGGUGGAUUCAUUGCCAUGAAUCCUCGUCAUAACGAUGAUAAACUACUCGCGUGGGCUGGUAAAACUGGCCUACCUGUUCUCAGCUUAGACUACAAAAAAGCACCCGAGCAUCCGUACCCUUACGCUCUUAACGAAUGUUUUGACGUAUAUAGAACUAUUGUGGCUACUCGUGGAAGAUGUCUAGGUCUUGCUGGUAGCAGCGUCCCACAAAUUAUUUUGACUGGCGACAGUGCCGGUGGGAAUCUUGCUACAGGCCUUACUCUAAUGGCUAUUCAUGCGCGUCAAAAUGGAGCAGAUCUUCCUAUACCAGACGGACUCAUUCUCAUCUAUCCUGGCUUAGAUAUGAAUAUUGGCAAUUGGAUGUCUGAUGAGCAGAUGGCGCUCAUCAAAGACCGCAGAUUUCGACGGACAAAUCGUGAGAUCAUUCGCAGAAAGAAGAUGCAGUACACUUUAACGGCUGGAACACCUCAUCACUCGGAUGACGAGGAUGCCGCAUCCCCUCCACCGCGUAGUUUGUCCCCAGAACCAAUUGAGAACUACAACGAUAUUUCUCUACCUUCGCCUCAAUUUUCUAAAGUUCCUACCCCAUUUCCAUUUCCCAACUUAUCUCGACCAUCUACCGCCAAUUCUCAGGCGGCUAAUGGAAAUCUAUCUCAUCAUCCAUCGCCCAUGAAAACACGCCUCGCCAUGUCUAGUAUGCUUGCUUACUUUAACGACCGCAUACUUUCCCCAGAAAUGAUGCGUGCUAUGAUGAUCCUUUAUAUUGGCCCCCACAAUCGACCGGAUUUCGCCUCCGACUAUCUGCUCUCUCCUAUGCUUGCGCCCGACUCAUUACUUGUCGACUUUCCAAAAACCUACAUUAUGACUGGUGAGAGAGACCCUCUUGUAGACGAUACUGUCAUAUUCGCAGGUCGUCUCCGACGUGCUAGAGCCAUGAAACAUGCUGAAGAAUUAAAGCACGGACAUGCCACAGAUACUGAAUGGGAUGAUAAUGAUAUAGUCGAAGUUCAUCUUAUGCCAGGAAUAUCCCACGGCUUCCUUCAAUUCCCAGGAUGUUUCCCUGAGGGUUGGAAAUAUAUAAACCGAAUCGGGAAAUGGAUUGAGGUAAUCUUUGAUCAGCAACAAUCUACGGUUAAUUUCUCGUCUAUGAAUCGCCGAUGGGAUGGCCAUCGCUCUAGGGCAGAAUCUUCUGGUGACGAUACAUUUUUGGAGAUGAAUAUGACUAGAAGAGACGGUACAAGUUGGGGAUUCCGAAAAGAAGAGAAGGAACGUCUUCUCUAUGAAAUUGGAGCUGGUCUAAGGACAGGAAGUCGAGGUAGACGGCGCAAGCAGGGUAUGCACAGUCGUAAAAAGAGCAUGGUAAGCCUCGCAAGCGAAGACGACCUACUCGGCCGAAGAAUGUUAGGGGUGGCGGGAACGCUGACACGAGUUGGCCGUCACGAAUCAUGA